AAUAAACCUGGGUGCCUUUUACGUUCAUAUUUACCAAGUCUGUGGCAUGUUUCUGGUUAUUGACUUGCAGCAAACAUAAGCAGUCGUGUAAGUAUAGGGGGGAACAUGUAAUUAUGUAUCUGUGUAGAGCAUGUGCAACAUGUAUACUUCUAUGCACCAGGAGGAGCUGGUGGAAGUGAGGGAGGUGGUAGAGGAGCAGCAAGGAGUCUUGAGGGAGAGAGAGGAGGAGAGGGAGAGACUGAGUCUCCAGGUCCAGGCAGCUGUGUCAGGGGAGAGGGAUAGGGAGGACCAGAGGGACAGACAGCACCGCGAGGACACUGCCUCUCUCGCCAUUCUCCAGAAACAACUGAGUGCUCUCACCAAUGAGAAGGAGGCUCUGGAGUCAUGUCUGGUGAUGCUCCAGUCAUCAGUGUCGGGGUGUGUCCAGUUGGCCAGCCUCGUGGAGCAGACUCUCUCCCCUCCCUCCUCCACAACCACCACCUCCCAGCUCUGGCACACUCCUUCUGCUAAAGUGUAUGUUGUCUACUACUAUUCCUACAUACUUACUAUGUUAUUGUAUGUAUGUAUGUAUGUAUGUAUGUGCAUGCUUCAUAAUACUUUCACAAAUCACUUAAAACCAAAUUUUUACGCAAAAAAGUGUAACGAAUGUGUAGGUGUAUAC